CGAUGAAAACAAAACGACAAGGUGGAAUGAAAAGAGCUCGCGUAAAUGCGAAAAAAUAAAUCGAAAAACGCACAAGUAAACAUUAAUUUUUAAGGAAAACUUCCUCAGAUACCAACAAUGGCGCUGCUGCUGGUGCACCUGCGACGCCUCAUUCUCCUGCUGACCGUCGUCUACCUGAGCGGAGCGGUAUUCCGCCGCCUUCUCACCGAGCGGCGCCACGCCCACGUCCUGCAGGCGAAUGGGUACAUGGGAUUCGGACGUCUCCGAGGAGGCGGAGGAUCCAAAGAGCCAUACCACUUUCAGUGGUGGGCCUACAUCUAUACCUGCUAUGCCUACGCCGUGCUAAUCAACUACGUUAGCACGCGUCGCAUUACCAACCUGAUUGAGUUCUUUUUGCAGUGAAUUUAGAGGUUUUUGUUAAAUAAUUUAGUGAAAACUAAAACGAUUAUUUUCCCUAAUCAAAAUAUAAUUUAAUUAGUACUUUUUAGGCUUAUAUUUUCCUGAUGUUUCUUUUCAAGCCCACCUGUAUCUUUGUGAUUAUAUAUUUAUAUUUUAAAAGUAACCAAAACAAUUUCUUAUUUAUUACAAGCAUGUUAUUUAAUAGCAGAUCAGAUUUAAUUGAACGUUGUUCUUAUAUGUUGGGUAUAUUGUAUUUGUUGAAAAGUAAAAAGUAGAUGAA